UCAUGCGUUGUUAUUUAAGUUUUCCAUCAUAAUAUAUUGUACUUCAAUUUCACACCAUAUAUUUUCUUUCUCUUUCUCGUGUUUCUUAGCUUAGAGAUUAUAACACUAAAUUCCGCCACCAAUUUACUCCUCUAUUCUGUUCUUACCAGUUGUUUCUUGAAUGGACUGUGGCUUUUUUUACACCGAUAUUUCUCUUCCUCAAUCUUUACCUUUCACAGUAAAAAAUACCCUUUUUUCAUCUAUACCUUUUUCUCCAUUAAAUUUACAGAGUACUCUGUUUAAGAGCAGAAAAUCGUUGGUUGUGGUGGCAAGUGGUAAAAAUAGUAGUAAUAAUUGUGAAUUCAGUGGUUUGAACGUGCCAUUAGUGCCAAGGACAGAAGAAGGGAGAUUUUUGAGCAGUAUUUUUCAGAAUAAUAAAAAGUGUUUUUAUGCUGUUGUUCAGAAAGAAUUGGCAAAGUUGGGUUAUGAAAAGGGUGAAGCUUUUCUUCGUAUGAAUCUUAACUUGGGGUCUGAUGAAGCUGUUCUUCACAGGAGAAUUGCUGAACUGAAAAAGCUGGAAUGUCGAAAUGCUGUAGAGGAUAUUCUGUACAUGUUAAUAGUUUACAAGUUCUCCGAAAUCGGGGUUCACUUGGUUCCAAAGCUCUCCAAAUGCAUGUACAAUGGCAGACUCGAGAUAUGGCCCUGUCGAGACUGGGAGCUCGAGUCUAUUCAUAGCUUUGAAGUACUCGAAAUGGUUAGAGAACAUCUUACUACUGUUAUCGGAUGGAAAGAGAAGUCGAACGUGACAGAAAAUUGGAUCCCUACUCAAGUCCCAAAGUUCCAAAUCCAUCGAGUUUAUGCUGCUUCGAUUCUAUAUGGAUAUUUUUUGAAGUCGGCCUCGUUGAGGCACCAUAUGGAACAGAGUCUUGAACAUAUCAACUCUGAUAUUGGUGUUACUACUUCAGGAAACCUCUUAGUUUCAGGGUCGUGGCCGUUAAAACAAAACAGCGUUCCCUUUGGUCGUAUCAGUGGCACACGAUCUACAUUAGUCGGUCCAACAUCACUUAUCCAGGGGAAGAAGAAUGAAAAACUUAGGUCUUAUGUUAUGAAUUUUGACCAUGAAAUAAUGCAGAUGUGUGCAAAACCGAAAUGCAAGGAGGCACUGAAUCUGAUUGAGAAACAUUGUUCUGCACUUUUUGGCGAUGAGAGCGAUGAGGUAGUUUCAACGUCAUUGGCGAGUCUUAAAAGGAUUGUGUUAGAGGCUGUGGCUUUCGGUUCUUUUCUUUGGGAUGCAGAAGAUUAUGUUAGGACAUUUUAUCAGCUCGAGGAGAACUAGCAAUACCAGAAGGGCGAUUUUAUUAGCACGAUAUAAGCAUCGUCGUAGUUUUGAUCUCGUUUACUUAGACAUAACGAGGAAGUCCACUCUUGACUUUCGCCAAAUUGUGCUGAUUCCGCGUGUGCUUGUAUAUCUCAGCAAUCGACGCCUGCUGCAAAAAAGAAGAAAGAGGCUCAAGGUUAUAGUAUAGAUAGUAGUUGGAUGAUAUACUCUGUAGUAGAGUUGUCAUAUAUACUGCAAUUUUCUUGAUGUAUAUUCCAGGUAUUCAUUAUCUGUCUUUGUAAAUUUGGAGUUGUAUAGAGCAUUAUCCCUAACAUAUAAAUAAUUAGAUGUGAGCACUUUCAUGAUUUUUGACAUAUUACAAGUGGUAAAAAGAGAAUAUCUAUUGCCUUUUA